AUGGAUUCGUCGAACAGCCAGCUCGAGUCGCUUUUCCCUCUUCCCUCGCAACCGCCUUCUCCCCUUUCGCCGACUCGCUUGCCUGGCGUCACACAUGGCUCUGGACUGGCGCUCUUGAAGACACUGAAAGAAAACCAUCGGCGAUGGCACAUCUUCUUCAAUAACUUGGGUUUUCAUAACCAUAUGUCACACCAUCUCCUUGCAAUAUACCAGCUUGGUGCGAGUGGGCCAUUGUUGGAGGCUGCAUAUCAGAGCCACGUCUCAAGCAUGCGGCCGGCAUUCGAAUCCCCCGGAAGCAUCACAGAGAAGAACUUUCAUGAACAUUUGGGUGAUGAAAAAUACUAUAACGCCUAUCUGAAGUUUUUCUCUUCUAUCUUAGUUGAAAGGGGUGCCGAAAAGACAAUUGAAGAGUACAUCUUCUCCGCCAAGAUGAACGUGUCCAUUCCCGCUGUCGGACACCCCUCUCUGGAAAUGUUGAGCCGGUUUCUUUCCGGGCUUUUCCAUCCAAUGAUCCAUACCGGAUAUGGCGCAGAGUUCGGGUUACUCGGGAUGGUUGCCGAAGGCCUUGCACAGACAGCCUUGCAAAAGCCCUUCGCAUCUGUGCUCAUUCCAUCUUCCCUUUCCCAGUAUGCGGUGGCGAGUUCAACCGGCACAGUUUCGACUUCGAUUUCCCGUCUUGUCAGCCUACUCCCAUCUCUUACGCUGAACAAUACAACAAGCGGCUCUAUGGCAGAGAAGGAGCAUGGUAUGCAUGCACUUACCGUUGUUGCUCAGAUUCUGCACAACGACGACUUUACCCCUGCCGCGAUCGGGAUUCCCUCGGAUGAUAAGGAUGAUAACAACAUCUUCCAGCGUGUUCUGGAGGCACGUGGAGAACGACUCAUGGCUCUCGCAAGCGCAUGGACUGUGAACGGAACGAAUCCUGAAGAAGUCGCAAGCAAGAUCGAAGAACUUAUCUGGGUGAAUGUCGUCCUUUACGCCGUCGGCGGGUGGGCUGGACGAAAGUCUAGCCCGACAGGACAAUUUAAAGGAGAUUUCUUCCUCCUACACCUAGUGACGUCCGUACUCUUCCUCCCCUCGCUGACGGCAUACCUCUCCCCGACGUCGACAUCGAUCCUACUUCGGACGUACUUUAAUAACUCUCUCGCGUGGUGGAUUGCUCGUGGUAGACCUGCGCUGCCAAUUCGCGAUUUUUAUGCCUCAGUUUCGGAGCGGCCCCAAGAGCACGGCGCACCAUAUGCCCGACCCGGGGAGGGCACGCUCACGCCUGCGGACCCAUCCCCGAACCCAUGGCUACCGAUCCUGCAGACGACGCUGGAGCAUCCGGACGAUCACCUGUGCAAGCUGCAGCGUGCGCUCGCUCACUUCGCAUCUCUGUACGGCAUACGGCCGGAAGGACAUUUCGGCCACUUGGCCAAAGUAUCAGGUGCAUCACUCGAUGGCGCCGAGCUGCUCGACGGCACGCUGUUCGUGCGCGCUGCUAGUUUAAGCGCGGAUAGGCUGGGGUGGAUGCGAGAGGGCGAGAAGAACAAGGGUUGGGACUUUGAUGGCUUCUUCUGA